GGACCUGUGGUGGCGCUGAAGCUCCCUCUCUACGGUACGAAGAAGGACCAGUAACGUGUUAAUGAUGAAACGUGCUAACAGAAGUGCUAUGUGUUGCUUUGUCUUCUGCAGGGCGUUCAAGGGCAUCUCGUGAUGGAGUGUCACCACCGCGGACGUGCAGAAGUGCUCUCCGCUCCCGGUGGAGGUGAGAAGGGCCGGCGUGACGACACUGCGGGCUUCCUGGAACGCGAAGUGGGGCUGGACGUGGCUGCGUGCCUCAAAGCUGACGACGUGGACGCAGAGAGUCGCUGCCUCGGUCGGAGGAAACGUGCAGCUGGAGCAGGCGGUGCAGCAGGUAGCGCUCUUGCAGGAGCGGCUGCGACAGAGCUGUGCAAGGUGGUUUGUGGGGCGGCUACGCAGUGGCGACGGCUUGCUGCAGCCCCGCGUGGUAUGUGUGCACGCCUAGCUACGUUUUUGUCUAGUGCGUAGCCAUUUUAUGCGGGACGGC